GCGCCCCGCGUUCUGAUUGGCGGGUCUGAACAGGGGGCGUUUCUUUCCCCCGCUGGAGCUGAACGGCUGAAACUUGGUAAACAUUCCCACAGAAACGAGCUGGAGACGCUUUAGCCUCCACCUUCGACUCGCUUAAGGAGCCUUUAAGCCUGUGAUGGGAUCUCAGUGGAUCCAGUGGAUCUGCUCUCCAGCGACAUGGAGCUUAUUCCUCCUGCUGAUCAGCCUGUCACUGCUAUAUGCAUACAGGUCCAAAAGUGUGCUCGGACGCUUAGGAAUUCCUGGCCCGAAACCUAUUCCGGUCUUUGGAACCAUGUUCAGGUACACGAAGGGUUCUCAUGUCCUCGAUAUGGAGUGCUAUAGGAAGUAUGGCAGAGUCUGGGGCCUGUAUGACGUAAGGCAGCCGGUGAUCUGUGUUAUGGACAAAGACAUCAUUAAAGCCGUGAUGGUUAAAGAGUGCUACUCCCUCUUCACCAACAGACGAGAUUUUCCUAUCAAUGGGGAGCUGUACGAUGCCUUGACUGUCGUGAAGGACGAUGAUUGGAAGAGAAUCCGGAGUGUUCUCUCACCGUCCUUCACCAGCGGAAGACUGAAGGAGAUGUUUGGGAUCAUGAAGAUGCACUCCAGCACUUUAUUAAAAAACCUGCAGAAAAUCGCGGAACAAGGAGGAACAGUGCAAGUAAAAGAGGUGUUUGGACCAUACACUAUGGACGUGGUUACCAGCACAGCCUUCAGCGUCGACAUCGACUCCCUCAACAACCCCAAUGACCCUUUUGUGACCAACGUGAAGAAGCUCAGUCUGAACGUCUCCCGCUUGGUCUUCUUCAUCGCUGCGCUCUUUCCCUUCACCAUUCCCCUGCUGGAAAAAAUGAAUUUAUCGUUGUUUCCACCAUCAGUGACUAGUUUCUUUUUCGCCGUCCUGCAGAGGAUCAAGGCUGACCGACAGGACAAAAACUACAAGAGCCGAGUGGACUUUCUCCAGCUGAUGAUUGACUCUCAGAGAACAGAUACAGGGGAAGAUGGUAAACAGACAAACAAAGGUCUGAGUGACCAUGAGAUCCUGUCCCAGGCCAUGGUGUUUAUCUUCGCUGGGUAUGAGACGAGCAGCAGCACGCUGUCCUUCUUCUUCUACAACCUGGCCACCAACCCGGAGAUACUGAAGAAACUUCAGGAGGAGGUCGACCGAACCUUCCCCAAUGAGGCUCCAGUUCAGUAUGAUGCCCUAAUGAACAUGGACUAUCUGGAUGCUGCUCUGAAUGAAUCAAUGAGGUUGUACGCUGUCUUUCCUCGGACUGAAAGACACUGCAAGAAAACUGUGGAGAUCAGCGGCAUCACCGUCCCUAAAGGAACUGUCGUGGUUAUUCCCAUUUAUGUCCUCCAUCGAGACCAUGAAUACUGGCCUGACCCAGAGAGCUUCAUCCCUGAGAGGUUCACUAAGGAGAACAAGGAGAGUAUAGACCCUUAUGCAUUCAUGCCUUUCGGUGCAGGACCCAGGAACUGUAUUGGAAUGAGGUUUGCUCUUCUGGUCAUGAAGCUGGCCAUCGUAGAGACGCUUCAGAGAUUCGACGUCAGUGUUUGUGAUGAAACUCAGGCUCCUCUAGAGCUGAACGAAAGUUUUCUGCUGACUCCUACAAAGCCCAUCACGCUCAAGUUCACCCCCCGAACAGCAUCCCACUGCAGCAACACACACAAAGACAACUAAAGUACAUCCAGGAGAACUUCAGUGUUUAACAUAGACCUUUAAAUAAUUCAUUUUAAUUAAAAACACAUCAGUUUGAAUGUGUUAUGUUCAUUUCAUAUUCAUAUGUAUUAUUUUACUCCAGUCAGCUGUGAUGACACUAAUGAAGUUUCACUGAAUUUCA